CUUUGUCAGCAUCUUUCGUGAAUCUUCUGUCUUGUACGCAUUCAAACCCCUCCAAAUCUUCCCACCCACACGACGCAAAACAAACCCAAAUUUCAUCACUUUUACGCACCCAAAAACAUCACUCACACACUGCAACCCCAUUUCCCCCUUUGAUCCUUCCUUACCUUUCACGUACCGGAAAUACAGAAUAAGCAUGGCGGAAAGGAAAGAAUAUGCAUCGGAUUGCGGUGAUGAAUCCGAAUCAGAGUAUGAAGUGACAGAGAGUAUGUAUGAAGAAGAGGGCGCUGCUGGCGGCGCCGAUGGACCUGAAGGAAGAACUUAUCAACAAUGGCCGCAAAGUUUCAGGGAAGCAACUGAUAUCUUUUCAAUUGCUGCAACUCCUAAUAUGACAUCUGUAAUUCGCGGAGCGAGUAUUUUUUCGAGUUUUGACUUCACUAGUCAUGGCAACUUGGAUGCUACUGGGAAGGUUCCAUUGUUGCCUGACCUUGAAAAAGUAUUUCAAAGAAGAGACUCUGCGAGGCCGUCGAGGGUACCCUCGAGAGUACAGCCUUCAUUCUCACAGAGGUCAACAUUGCAUAAGCAACCAACUGGGGAACUUCCCAUUAGCUAUGGAUGUACACUGGUUCAAACUAUUUUCAAUGGCGUAAAUGUUAUGGCUGGGAUUGGACUUCUUUCAACAGCAUUUACCGUGAGAGAAGCUGGUUGGGCAAGUAUAGCAGUGCUUGUUCUUUUUGCCGUUGUCUGUUGUUACACAGCCACUCUAAUGCGGAGGUGUUUCGAAACCAAAUUUGGUAUCUGGACCUUUGCUGAUAUGGGAGAAGCUGCAUUCGGGAAAUUUGGGCGUAUAUUAGUAUCUAUCCUUUUGUACAUGGAGCUAUACUCAUCUUGCGUGGAAUAUGUUAUUUUGGAGGGUGAUAACCUUACCAGGUUAUUCCCAGGAGUGAAGAUUGAUUUUCCGGGUUUCAAAUUAGAGUCUGAGAAAAUAUUUGCAACCCUCGCGAUCCUUGUCAUUCUCCCAACAUUAUGGUUGAAGGAUUUACGGCUGAUCUCUUAUCUUUCAGGUUCUUUUCUUGUUUCAUGA